AUGUCUUCGCCACAAUCACCUGAUCUUCUUUGCUUUCUUCUCAAACAUGGAUCCACACUUGCAUCCUUACACCACAAUUUCACAUCCAAAAGAACCUGGAAAAAGGGACCCAACACAAAGAUCCAAAACACCAGUAUGAAGAUGGAUCCUCCCACAAUAGUAGGGUACAUACACCAAAUAUUGGAGGAGUUUGAGAAGCUAAUUGAGUCCCAAGCCCAAUUCAAACCCGAUAAAGAGGCGGUCGCCAAAGUGAUAGGAUUAAUCAAUAGUAUUAUUGAACAUCUCAUGAAUCAAAAUGAUGAUCCCAUUCAUAUUAACACCAUAGAUUACACCAUACUUAUGAACAGGAUCAAUCAUCUUACAAGAUCAACGGCUGAAUCUUCAUCGCGUUUUUCAUUUGAUGAGUCUUCUUUGCAACAAGCCCAUGAAUAUGAUCCCUAUGAUGAUUCCCAAGAAGAGUUUGAUAUUGAGGCUUUGUGCCAUAAUCUUGAUCCGAAUUACUCGAAAAUAGUAUCAUUUUCCUUUCCUUUUUUCUUUUAUGUGAGCACAUCAAUAAAGAAAAAAGAGUUGAUUAACUGGUGGGUUGGAAUGGGAUUUAUUGAUGAUGCAUCAAAAGGGGAAGAAAUCCUGCAUUUGCUUGUUGCAGAGGAGUUUAUUGUGCCUAUUUCGAGAUCUCGAUAUGUAUUGCAUCCUAGAGUCCGAUCAAACAUGGAACAAACUUCUAAAACAUUAGCAAAACAUGGGUAUGAAUCGACACCAUUAGACCGCCUUUUUGUUUUGCACAAUGGGUUGUCGAAUCAACUAGUCGAAGAUCAGAUCGUUGCAGCAAUCAACACUAGUGCAUACACUCUUAACGCCAAGACAUUCGAUCGUAUCUUUCGAAUGAAAAAUGCUAAGGUAAUACAUUUAGGUAGUUGGCAUAGUCAAAUGGACUAUGUUGUGAUUGAUGAUAUUAUUCUUCCGUUUCUAAAGGAGUUAAAGAAUUUGAAACAAGUGAAGUUUCUUAGCCUUCAAGGGGUUGGAAGAAUCCAGAACAUUCCCAAAUCAGUUUACACUUUAACCAAUCUAAAGGUAUUAGAUUUAAGGGCAUGCCAAGACUUAAGCUAUCUUCCUAAAGGGAUUGAAUCAUUGGUUAAUCUUACACAUUUGGACUUGUCCGAGUGUUAUCAGCUCGAAUACAUCCCUAAGGCAAUCAGUAAACUCGUUGAGCUUCGAGUUUUAAAGGGUUUCGUUAUCAACGAAAAACAAGCAUUAAACAAUAAACUUCAUAGAAAUUCAUGUUCAUUCAACGAGUUAUCGAAACUAAAGAAGCUCGAUAAGUUAAGUAUUCGAACACGAAGAAUGAAUUUUCCAGCAAGUGCUGAUGUACAGACUUUGUGCACAAUGCAACAGCUGAACAAGCUUAAGAUUAGAUGGAUUAGGAGCACUCGAAAUAGAUCAGAUGAUUCGAGAAAUGAUGAUUAUGGCUUCAUACCCGAUUUUCCAAAAAAUUUGAAGAAACUAGAGCUACAAGCUGCUCCUGAGAUAUCAACAUUAUUGAUGCUUGGUUUGAUUGCUAAUAGGAAUAAUACAAGUCUUGAGAAGUUAUACAUAAGAGGUGGGAAAAUUAAUAUGUUGGAUACUAAGAAUUAUUGCUUUAAUCAUGUAAAGGUGUUAAGGUUAAAGUAUUUGGCUUUGCUACAUAUUGAUUGGUAUGAGUUUAAAUCAUGUUUUCCAAAGUUAGCUCUUCUUGAGAUAAUUGAAUGUCCACAUUUACUUUCCUUUCCUUGUAAGGAGAAUGGGGUGUGGGAAGAGUCGGAAUCGUUUGGUGAUCUAUGA